AGGGAGUCGAAGACGAGAGGGGAAGAGUGGCAGAGACGGUAGGUGUGUAAAAGGGAAUCGAAGAGGGUGGAGGGGGGGUGCGAAGAGAGGAUUCUUUGCAGGGUUUUGAAUUGGCGGUGUUUGGCGAGGGUGUGGGCGACGAUGGAGAGGGAUUGGAGGGUGUGAGAGGAGGGGCUAUGUUGGAGGACCCAGUUCCAGAGUUUCAGGGACGAAACGUGGUCGUUUUGGAGGGCCAGGAGGAGGUGUGCGAGACGGAAGGGUGUGAGUGAGAGUGAGAGAGAGUGGAGCUUGUGCCAGUGGGAGUGGAUCACGUGGCUGUGGGCUACGGUUAUCAAGUCCAGAUCCUGACCUCGAGCCUCGGGGAUGGUUCGGUGAGGUAUGGGAAGCAAUGUCGAAAACCCACGCUGCCGAAUGCUUCUCAUUGUGCUGAACCAGCGUGGUGGCGUUGCCGCAGUCCGCAGAGGAGAAAGAGAAGAAUCAAAUUAUUGGGCCUUCGCUGCUGGGUAACGCGUAUCCCUUCGGCCCGGCCCGGCCCAAAUCCUAUUUUAAAGUCGUAACGUAACCCCACACAAAAACAAAGAGAUUGAAUUGGGGAGUGAGUGGAAGAUGGCGGCGGCGCCGGGAAACGCAAUGAUGGAGGGAGGAGCGGUGGCGCAGCCUCCGGGAACCGACAUGACCGGAAUAUGCUUCCGGGACCAGCUAUGGCUGAACAGCUUCAUUCUGGAUCGGAACUUGGUGUUCGAUUACUUCGCGCUCUCCCCUUUCUACGACUGGACCUGCAACAACGAGCAGCUCCGCAUGCGCUCCGUUCACCCCCUCGACCUCUCUCAGCUCUCGAAGAUGACGGGCACGGAGUACGUGCUGAGCGAAGUUAUGGAGCCGCACCUCUUCGUCAUUCGCAAGCAGAAGAGAGAUAGCCCCGACAAGGUUACUCCUAUGCUCGCCUAUUACGUCCUUGACGGUUCUAUUUACCAGGCUCCGCAGCUAUGCAAUGUCUUUGCCGCCAGAAUUGGAAGGGCCCUUUAUUACAUACAAAAAGCUUUUACUACAGCUGCCUCAAAGUUGGAGAAGAUUGGAUAUGCUGGGUCAGCUGAUUCUGAAAAUGAGACGGCAUUGCCGGAAUCUAAGACUGUUAAGGAGACAAUCGACAUAAAGGAGGUUAAGCGGGUGGAUCAUAUUCUUGCAUCCUUGCAACGCAAGUUACCACCAGCUCCUCCUCCACCAGCAUUUCCAGAAGGGUAUGUUCCGCCUCCAACAGGAGAAACUGAGAAAGGGACCGAAACUCAGGAAGCAGCAGAAACACAAGCUCCUACUGCUGAUCCCAUAAUUGAUCAAGGACCAGCAAAAAGAAUGAAAUUUUGAUACGAAAGGCAUACUUAAAUCGCUUGGGGAAAAGUAUAUUAUUCCUUACAGGUGGCUCUUGCUGAAACAUGAUUAACAUAAUGUUAUUAUCUGGUCUAAAAAUGCGCAACUCUUUUUCCUGUCUUCGCCAUAAAUGUAGAUAUUAUCACUGAGGUUCUCUUGAUUUUUCAUUCUAGACAAUGUAAUUAUUAAGCCAUUGUAAGUGUAAACGAAACUAAUUGGUAAAAUAGCCUUUGCGUUGAACAUUUUAUUUUUAUUUUACCUUGUUUUCGCGGAACACAUGGCGAAAUCGAAUUACUGUUGAAUCAUGUGUAUAAUAAUAUCGCGUCCAUUAUGGCUUAUAUUGAAUUGUCUUGGCUUCUUGA